AUGGGAAUACAGAAAAGUGAAGAAGAAAGGUUACUAAUAUUGGAAAAGGAUGCAGAAAUAGCAUAUCCAUUCCUAGCGUCGGAUGAACGAUCAUCAACUUUUAAACAAGGUUAUCAAUAUGAGAUAAAAGAUGCCAUACCCAAGGGUAAUUCUAAAUUAACUAAAGAAGAUGUUAAACAAACUAAACCAUGGGUUCAUUUCGUAGCUGGUGGUAUUGGAGGUACUGUAGGAGCAGUAGUGACAUGUCCUUUAGAUGUAGUAAAAACAAGAUUACAAUCAGAUGUAUAUCAUCAAUUAUAUAAUAAAACUAUAAAAUCAUCAAAUCCAAUAAUUCAAACAUUUCAACAUUUAACUGAAACUGGAUCAGUAUUACGUAAUAUGUAUAUUAACGAAGGUGCAAGAUCACUAUUUAAAGGUUUAGGACCAAAUUUAGUUGGUGUUAUACCUGCUAGAUCAAUAAAUUUUUUCACUUAUGGAGCUACUAAAUCAUGGCUAAUGAAUAAUUUUGGAAAAAACAAAAAAGAAGAGACUUGGAUGCAUUUAGUUUCAGGUAUAAAUGCUGGCUUUGUGACUUCUACAGCAACUAAUCCAAUUUGGUUAAUUAAAACUAGAUUACAAUUAGAUAAAUCAUCAAAUCAAAAAUUUAAAAAUUCAUUUGAUUGUUUUAAACAUAUAAUAAAGAAUGAGGGAUUUACUUCUUUAUAUAAAGGUUUAUCUGCAAGUUAUCUAGGUGGUAUUGAAUCUACUAUUCAAUGGGUUUUAUAUGAACAAAUGAGAAUAUUUAUAAAUAAACGAUCAUUACAAAUACAUGGAGAACAUGGCAUUAAUAAAACUACUAAAGAUCAUAUAUUAGAAUGGUCUGCUAGAUCAGGAGCUGCAGGAUUAGCUAAAUUUAUGGCAUCAUUAAUUACUUAUCCACAUGAAGUUGUUCGUACAAGAUUAAGACAAGCACCAUUGGAAUCAACUGGUAAACCAAAAUACACGGGAUUAAUUCAAUGCUUUAAAUUGGUUUUUAAAGAGGAGGGUUUUGCUAGUAUGUAUGGUGGAUUAACUCCUCAUUUAUUAAGAACUGUACCUAAUUCAAUUAUAAUGUUUGGUACUUGGGAAUUGGUAGUUAGAUUAUUAUCCAAUUGA